ACGAGAAAUACGGGUCAGUGUGUGAACCAAGCAGAGUCAUAAUAAUAUAAUCAGAGCUCCCAUUGAAUCGCGGUCAACUGCAAAAGCAUGCGAAAACAUUGCCUCAUCGUGUUGCUGGCUGCCAGCAUCAUCUGCCAGCUGGCCAUUGUGUCCGCAAGAUCGCCGGAGGAUCAUUGGGUGUGGCGCACCUACAGCAGAAGGGAGCGCGCCUUCCAUGACAAGGACAUCGAUCGCAGUGGCUCUCUACGAAAGCCCAACCAAAAUCAGUUGAGACGCGAGCCGACAACACGGCGACCGCUGCCUGGCGAGCCGGAGAACGAUGAGAUCGAGGACUAUGUGGAUGUGGAGCCCACAGUGACCACGCCGCCCAAUGUGGGCACCCGCCAAUACAAUCCCUACCCGAGUGGCAAUCCCUAUGGCGGAUUUGGUGGGCAGCCAGCUAGUGGAGGCCAGUUUGCGGGACUUGGCGGCUUUGGAGGUGGCAGUCCAGGUGUGCUGGUCGGCCCGGGAGGACCUACGGGCAUUAUAGGCCGACCACCUGUAAAUCCCAAUGUCUACCAGCCUGGAUUCGGGGGUGCACAGAAUGGAUUAGGAGCAGGCAAUUAUCCUGGUGGAUUCGCAAACGCGGGUGCCGGUGCGGGCUAUCCAGGACUGGGUGCUGGACUAGGAGGCUAUCCAGGACUGGGCGCUGGAGGCGCUGCCUAUCCAGGACUGGGCGCUGGCGGAGCAGCUUAUCCAGGUUUAAACACAGCCUUCCCAGGCCAGCCCGGUGGACAGCUAGGCGGCGUCGGCGGCUUGGGCCAGUUUGCUGGCGCUGGCAAUCAAUAUCCGUUUGGCUCUUAUCCAGGCUCCAACUACAACACCAAUCAGUAUGGAGCACAAGGCGGUCAAUAUCCAGGACUGGGGCAAUACCCAUCCAAUCAGUACGCCGGACCACAGUACACUGAGGGCUACGGCCUGGCCAACUUCGGGCCGCCGGGUCUGCCACCCACAGGAUUUGGUGGCAACUAUGCGGGUUUCGGCUAUGACGAGAAGUCGCCCGCCGUGGCCGAGGGCAAGAAUGCCAAAAGUGUGUCCAUCAAGCCAGCGGCAGUAAAUGAUAAGCUAAAUAAGAAGAUCUAGAGCUAGAUAGAGCAAGAUCUAGUAGCAAUUCUCCCUCUCAUAGAGUUUAGUGCUUAGGAUUAGAUUUAUGUUUAAUGCGAAUAAAUUUCUGUGGAACACUCA